GACGUGUUCGGGCGUCUCCGCCAUUUUGUGAGUCUAUAUCUCGGAGCCGUUGGGUCGGUUCCUGCUAUUCCGGCGCCUCCACUCCGUCCCCUGCGGGUCUCCUGUGUGUGCAAUGGACGGCAUCGUCCCAGAUAUAGCAGUUGGUACAAAGCGGGGAUCUGACGAGCUCUUCUCUACCUGCGUCACCAACGGGCCCUUUAUCAUGAGCAGCAGCUCGGCCUCUGCAGCCAACGGGAACGACAGCAAGAAGUUCAAAGUAGACAGCAGGAGUGCCGGUGCGCCGUCCCGUGUGGUCCACAUCCGCAAGCUGCCCAGUGACGUCACCGAGGGGGAGGUCAUUUCCUUGGGGUUGCCCUUUGGGAAGGUCACCAACCUGCUGAUGCUGAAAGGGAAGAACCAGGCCUUCAUCGAGAUGAACACAGAGGAGGCGGCCAACACCAUGGUCAACUACUACACCUCAGUGGCGGCCGUGCUGCGAGGCCAGCCCAUCUACAUCCAGUUCUCCAACCACAAGGAGCUCAAGACCGACAGCUCGCCCAACCAGGCGCGUGCCCAGGCAGCCCUGCAGGCUGUGAACUCGGUUCAGUCGGGAAGCCUGGCCCUGGCCGCCUCUGCUGCUGCCGUGGACGCUGGGAUGGCGAUGGCUGGCCAGAGCCCUGUGUUGCGGAUCAUUGUGGAGAACCUCUUCUACCCCGUGACGCUGGACGUGCUCCACCAGAUUUUCUCCAAGUUCGGCACAGUCCUGAAGAUCAUCACCUUCACCAAGAAUAACCAGUUCCAGGCGCUCCUGCAGUAUGCAGAGCCUGUGAGCGCCCAGCAUGCCAAGCUAUCUCUGGACGGACAGAACAUCUACAACGCCUGCUGCACGCUGCGCAUCGACUUCUCCAAGCUCACCAGCCUCAAUGUCAAGUACAACAACGAUAAGAGCCGUGACUACACACGCCCAGAUCUGCCCUCAGGGGAUAGCCAGCCGUCCCUGGACCAGACCAUGGCCGCGGCCUUUGGUGCACCUGGUAUAAUCUCAGCCUCUCCGUAUGCAGGAGCUGGUUUUCCUCCCACCUUUGCCAUUCCUCAAGCUGCAGGUCUCUCUGUUCCCAAUGUCCACGGCGCCCUGGCCCCUCUGGCCAUUCCCUCGGCAGCGGCAGCGGCGGCUGCAGCAGGCCGGAUCACCAUCCCCGGCCUGGCUGGGGCAGGGAACUCUGUCCUCCUGGUCAGCAACCUCAACCCAGAGAGAGUCACACCCCAAAGCCUCUUUAUUCUUUUCGGUGUGUACGGGGACGUGCAGCGUGUGAAGGUCCUGUUCAACAAGAAGGAGAACGCUCUGGUGCAGAUGGCUGACGGAAGCCAGGCCCAGCUGGCUAUGAGCCACCUCAAUGGGCACAAGCUGCACGGGAAGCCCGUGCGCAUCACGCUGUCCAAGCACCAGAACGUGCAGCUGCCCCGUGAGGGCCAGGAGGACCAGGGCCUCACCAAGGACUACAGCAACUCGCCCCUGCAUCGCUUCAAGAAACCUGGCUCCAAGAAUUUCCAGAACAUCUUCCCACCUUCGGCCACCCUGCAUCUCUCCAACAUCCCGCCUUCGAUAUCCGAAGAUGACCUCAAGAUUCUCUUCUCGAGUAAUGGAGGGAUGGUCAAAGGAUUCAAGUUCUUCCAGAAGGACCGCAAGAUGGCACUGAUACAGAUGGGCUCGGUGGAGGAGGCCAUCCAGGCCCUCAUUGAGCUGCACAACCACGACCUCGGGGAGAACCACCACCUGCGGGUCUCCUUCUCCAAGUCCACCAUCUAGGGCCCGCACCCGCGGCAGCCUCCAUCAUUCCAGAGAAAAAGCCACUUUAAAACGCAGCUGAAGUGACCUUACGACCAGAGAUUUUAUUUUUUUAAAGAGAAUCAGUUUACCUGUUUUUAAAAAAAUUAAAUCUAAUCCACCUUCUAACCUUGCGGUGCCUGUCGCGAGUGGAGGGUCCCACGGCCGCGGCACCCGCCCUCAGGUCUCACAGCGAUGCCUUCUUGAGCCUGACCUGCUGCCACUGCGGCCUUGGGGCCCGGCCAGGGCGGGUUCCAGCCACGAGUUGGCCUCCUCGUGCCUUAAAACCCUGCGGGGGGGGGCUUCCUGGCUGGUGUUGGGGGGGUGCAGGGGGGACGCAGGCUCCACGUCAAUCAUGUGCUGACGCCUGGGAGUCUGCAAGCGCCCCGCCAGCCCACCCACCCAAUUAAUCAAAUGAAGUGAUUUCCCCUGCCGCAGACCCCCAUCAGCAAGGUGCCCCUCCGCGGCUGAGACCCGGAGGCCGCGCGGCCGGCGCCUGCGCCCCUCUUGUAUGAUACUUGCAGACAGCUGUGCCUAGCAAUACUUCCGGUUGACCAAAUAUUCUACUCUUCAUUUAUAUGCAAAAGAAAUAGUUUUAAGUAACUUUUUAUAGCAAGAUAAAGUGUAUCUAAGCUUCCUCUUCGUGGUAUUAUCUUGUAUCCUGUCCUUUCUUUGUAACUGAGGGGCGUCACAGGCAGGUAGCCCGUUCCCCAGGAGCAGACUGGGCGGGGACUGUCCACCCGGCCAGGGUCUUUGCGGCCUUAUUCCACACCUGACUCGUAAUUUGCCUAGAGGUACAAGCGCGCUUACACUUCUUCAGGGUUUUUUUUUUUUUUUUUUUUCCUGUAAAUCGUGGACCAAAGUUGUUCGUGUUUUCUGUUGGCCUCUAGUGCUGGGACCCGGAGGGUGGGGCGGAGGCCUUCGUCUUAACUGCUGCGCUGGCUCCACCUGUCCUUGUGCUCCGGCAGCAGCAGCGACCCCACCUCUGCCAUGGGGGUCUCCCUGGACCCCAGUGUUCGCAUGUACGGAGUGUGACAAGGGUGUAAAUAUUUUUGACUUUUUAUACCUGUAAGACAUGAGGGGCAACCAGCGCGGUUUUUUAUGGCGACACAGAUGUAUAUUUUGAUAGCAAUUACAGGCGCAGUAUUGUAACCGCGGAGUGACCGCGACCACUGCACAUUCCAGGACCGCCCGACGGCUGUAAUGCGCGAGAACCCGAUUAAACGAUUUUAUAACAAA